GGAACUGUAAUACCCAGCCUGAACACUGCAUCAUCUGAAGCUAGCGGGUCGGGCAAUCAAGAAAUUGCCCUGCGUAAAAGGCUAUUGUUAAAACCUACUUGCCGAUGAAAAAAAAUAUUUUAUGCCUUUGAGGAGCAAACCGUGCAUAUAGGCAUACUGCUUACAGGUAAACAUAACUGAGAAGACGUCACGCUCGCUAGGCAUCCUGAGAACAUCACAUUAUUUCAAUGGAGAAUGGAGACUGGGAUUAUAUGAUGACCAAACCAGUCACCUUAAAUGUUGGUGGGCACCUCUACACCACCACCAUGUCCACCCUUCAGCGCUACCCAGACUCCAUGUUGGGUGCCAUGUUUUGUGGAGACCUACCCACAACACGAGACUCCCAAGGAAACUACUUCAUUGAUCGUGAUGGGACCCUCUUUCAUUACAUCCUGAACUUCUUGCGCACGUCAGAACUCACCCUCCCCAUCGACUUCAUGAAGACAGACCUCCUCCGCAAAGAAGCAGACUUCUACCAGAUAGAGCCUUUGAUUCAAUCUCUGAACAAUCCCAAGCCCCUUAACCCGGUGGACACCUUCGAACAGAUAACCAAGCCAGCCACCUUAAAUGUUGGUGGUCACCUCUACACCACCACCAUGUCCACCCUUCAGCGAUAUCCAGACUCCAUGUUGGGCGGCAUGUUUCGUGGAGACCUGCCCACAACAAGAGACGCGCAAGGCAACUACUUCAUUGAUCGUGAUGGGACACUUUUUCGCUAUAUCCUGAACUUCUUGCGCACGUCUGAGCUCAUCCUCCCUGUCAACUUCAGAGAGAUGGACCUCCUACGCAAAGAGGCUGAUUUCUACCAGAUUGAGCCUCUGAUUCAGGCUCUAAACGAUCCCAGGCCACUCUACUCUUUGGACACCUAUGAACAGAUGAUCAAACCAGUCACCUUAAAUGUUGGUGGGCACCUCUACACCACCACCUUGUCCACCCUUCAGCGCUUCCCAGACUCCAUGUUGGGUGCCAUGUUCCGUGGAGACCUGCCCACAACACGAGACGUGCAAGGCAAUUACUUCAUCGAUCGUGACGGGACACUUUUUCGGUUCAUACUGAAUUUCCUGCGCACGUCAGAGCUCACCCGCCCUGUCGACUUCACAGAGAUGGAUCUCCUGCGUAAAGAGGCAGACUUCUACCAGAUUGAGCCUUUGAUUCAGGCUCUAAACGAUCCCAGGCCUCCCUACCCGUUGGACACCUUUGAACAGGUGGUGGAGCUGUCCAGCACGCGCAAGCUAUCAAAGUACUCAAACCCCGUGGCAGUGAUCAUCACACAGCUCACCAUCACCACCAAGGUCCAUUCCCUGUUGGAGGGCAUCUCCAACAACUUCACCAAGUGGAACAAGCACAUGAUGGACACUCGAGACUGCCAGGUGUCCUUCACCUUUGGACCAUGUGACUACCACCAAGAGGUGUCCCUCAGGGUUCACCUCAUGGACUACAUCACGAAGCAAGGCUUCAUCAUCAGAAACACACGCGUGCAUCACAUGAGUGAACGGGCCAAUGAAAACACGGUGGAGCAUAACUGGACUUUCUGCAGACCGGCAUACAAAGUAGAGGACUAAUUUCGCCUUGACAGUGGGGAAACAAGGAAGUCCGUAUAAGCUAUCAUGGAAGCUAUUUGUGUUUAAUUGUAUAUGUUAUUGAUGGACCAGAGUUGCUUCAGGGGUGGUUGGGUAGAAGAUGAUUCCAAAUAAAACACUAUCUGUUGUUUGGAUGUUUGGACAUGCACCAUGUGAUAAGGCAUUGGAAGCUGUUAACUGAUAUCACAUGUAUCCAGAAUUACAGCGUUUCCAAACCAUUGGACCCUCUACUCUUCCUGGCAUUCCCUGCUCUUUUGUGUAAUAAGUGGCGAUCAGUUAAAGGGGAAAUCCGGCGAGUUUUCACAAAGAUCUCCGUUUCUCAAGGUCAUCGAGUACUGUCAAUACGAAACAAAAAGAAAAACAAUUGUUUUUACCUAGCUCCAGCCAGGCAGCUACAGCCUACACUCUGGCGGUAUGAACAUGGGUGCUCACGGACAUGCCCACAUAGUGUAGUGCUGUAGUUGUCUGGCUGCAUCAGCUGCUGGUUGUAGCAACUUGAGCUAGGUAAAAAACGAUUGUUUUCAUUUUGUUUUGUACCAACAGUACUAGGUGACCUCGAGAAACGGAGAUCUAUGUGAAAACUCGCCGGAUUUCUCCUUUAAAUAUGAUGAGUUGAAAAAAGAACCAAGAGAGGGGUCCAGAGAGAACCUUUUCUUGUUAUGUUGUACAGAAGCUGAAUAUCUCUUAUAGACCCUCACCCUAUCGUUUUACCAGAGCUACUGUACCUGGUUAUUCCGAGCUAGGUAAGGCCUUCAAAGCACAUGAAAUGCAGUGUUGGAUCAUGUUUUUAUUUUAUUUUAAAUAUAUUUUUUUUUUUGUGACACCUAUGCUUAAACAGCAACAUGGAAUGGUUUUGUUUUUGUCAGACUGUGUAAAAAGAAUUGUUAGAAAGUAUAUCAUGCAAUGUAAAAGGAGUAUUGCAUAUUGGCUACAUGUACCCAUAGCACUUCUAUUGAAAUAAAUUAAAAGAGAUUUGUCACAACUCA